AUGAGAAUAGUCGCUGUACUUUUUCUCAUUGGGUCGGCUUUGGCUUACGAAGCCGAAAAUAGAGAUAUCGACGACGACUACGAUUAUGACGAUGUCGAGGACAUCGCUGACCUUAUGCGCUGUUGCGAGCAGAUUGAAUUAGCGAAUGAAAAAGGUCAAGUGCAGAAGAGCCUCCGUUUUACAAACUUAUCGCUGGACAAAGAUGGAAAGCCCAAGUUAAUUUACUACAUGUUCGAUAGAAAUCGUAAAAUCGAUCGCGACGAUGCGGUUAUUUUCAACUUGAAGCAAAAUAUUUGGUAUAACUUUGAUGCACAACUAAAAAAGACCAAGUUUUCUGGGCCAGCUCUUCCGAAUACUUGUGCCAACGUGAAGAAAAUUGAGUUGAAGACAAAAGAUUCUCCGAUCAAGCUUUAUUUGAGUUGUUCAAAUGCAAAGCCUUCAAGACCUGCGAAGAAACCAGUACGACCGUCCAAAAGACCAUCGAAGAAGCCAGCAUUACCACCUAAAAGACCGGCCAAAAAACCAACUCGACCGUCAAGAAGACCUGCGAAGAAACCAGUACGACCGUCCAAAAGGCCUUCGAAAAAGCCAGCAUCGCCACCUAAAAGACCCGCCAAAAAACCAACUCGACCGUCAAGAAGACCUGUAAAGAAGCCAACGAAAAGACGUUCAAUUACUUUCAAACCAACUGGAAAAAACGUUAUCGUCGGCGGAAAUACUUUUGCGUUCAAAGGUAUCAGAAGAGACGGCAACCACAAAUACUCCAAUGGCAGGUCUUAUCUGGUGUUUAACCCGAAAUUCAAACACUGGUCGCUCAAUAACGUCGGCAAGGGCUGGGCAAGUGGAAAAACAGGCGAAACCUGCCCGAUUCUGAAAUUCAGAGGAAAGCUCUUUGCAGUUGGUACUAAAUGCUCUCUUCCGAAAAAGAAAACUAAGAAGAAACCAGUCAAAAAACCGACCAAGAAAACUAAAUCAAAGAAACAAAGUCCACUAAAGAAGAAGAAAUCUCCAAUUACGAAAAAAAGUAAAGUCAAGAAAUCGAAACUGAAUAAGAAACCCAUCACCCUCAAACCAACUGGAAAGAAAGUAAUCGUCGGUGGAAACACAUUCAAAUUCGAAGGAAUUAGAAGGGAUGGUGUGCAAAAGUUCUUCAAUGGAAAAUCGCGGCUGCUAUUUUACCCAAAAGUUAAACAGUGGUCACUCAGAAAUAAGGGUAAAGGCUGGGCAAGCGGACAAAAAGGCGUUACUUGUCCGAUCCUAAGAUUCAGAGGAAAACUCUUUGCAGUUGGUACUGAAUGCUCUCUCCCGAAAAAGAAACCGGCUACCAAGAAACCGACAAAGCAAACCAAACAGAAAAAAGGGUCAAAGAAACAGAGUCCUCCAAAGAAGAAGACGCAUAAAAAAUCUUCGAGAACGAAAAAGAAUAAAUCUAAACCAGCGAAACCAGAGAAAAGAGAGCAAAAGAAAUCAAAACGGGCCCAGAAAAAACCUUCAAUUACCCUCAAGCCUGCUGGCGAGACGAGAAUCGACGGAGGAAACAAUUUCAAAUUUAAAGGCAUCAGAAAAGACGGCGUGCACAAAUACGUGAAUGGAAAAUCGCGACUGCUGUUUUAUCCGAAAACGAAAGCAUGGGCACUUGCAGAAAAGCAGGGCUGGGCUAUUGGAAAACGUGGUGAUAGCUGCCCCAAGUUGAAAAGACGAGGAAAACUUGUUGCUACUUUUGCUGAUUGCUCGGAAAAAGCUUCGAAGAAACCGCCGCCAAAGACGCUUAAGAAUCAAAAUAAGCCUAAAAAAUCAAAGCCUUCAAAGAAGAGUCCUCCUAAAAAGAUCGUCUUGAAACCUACUGGAAAGAACAAAAUCGUUGGAGGAAACACCUUUGGAUUCGAAAAAAUCAGAAAAGACGGUAACCACAAAUACGUCAAUGGCAACUCAUAUAUGUUGUUUCAUCCUAAGGUCAAGAAGUGGUCGCUCAAAAUCAGGGGUAAAGGCUGGGCUAUUGGCAAAAAAGGCGAGAGUUGUCCGAUUCUGAAGUUCCGAGGAAAGCUAUUUGCUGUUGGAUCUGAAUGCUCCGUAAAAUCAUCGUCAAAGAAAAAGUCAACGAAGAAAAAUAAACCCGCGAAUUCGAAGCAGGCAAGGAAGAGUCUUCCAAAGAAGAAAUCAAUCACCCUGAAACCAACUGGCAAUAACGAAAUCAACGAAGGAAACACUUUCAAAUUCAAAGGCAUCAGAAGGGACGGCCAGCACAAAUACGUCAACGGCAAGUCAUAUCUGUUGUUUAAUCCGAAAGCCAAACAGUGGUCGCUCAAUAAUGUCGGCAAGGGCUGGGCUAGUGGAAAAGCAGGCGAACUCUGCCCGAAGCUGAAAUUCAGAGGAAAGCUCUUCGCAGCGGGAACAGAAUGUUCUGUCGAAUCAUCAUCGAAGAAGAAGGCCUCCAAAAAGUCUGCAAAGAAAAACAGGCCGACGAAUUCAAAACAGGCAACGAAGAAACCAAAAUCAUCGUCGGAGAAAAAUACCUCCAAAAAGUCAACAAAGAAAAAUAAACCCGCGAAUACGAAGCAGGUAAGGAAGAGUCUUCCAAAGAAGAAAUCAAUCACCCUAAAACCUACUGGUAAUAACGAAAUCACCGGAGGAAACACUUUCAAAUUCAAAGGCAUCAGAAGAGACGGCAACCACAAAUACGUCAACAGCAAGUCGUAUCUGCUUUUUAAUCCAAAAGCAAAACAGUGGUCGCUCAAUAACAAGGGCAAAGGUUGGGCUAGCGGAAAAGCAGGCGAAGUCUGCCCGAUUCUGAAAUUCAGAGGAAAGCUCUUUGCAGUUGGUACUGAAUGCUCUCUUCCGAAAAAGAAAACUAAGAAGAAACCAGUGAAACGACCAAACAAGAAAAACAAAUCGAAGAAGCAAAGUCCAGUAAAGAAGAAGAAAUCUCCAAUUACGAAAAAAAGUAAAGUCAAGAAAUCGAAACAGGCUCGGAAGAAGCCAAAAUCAUCGUCGAAGAAAAAGACCUUCAAAAAGCAAACGAAGAAAAAUAAUCAAAAGCAAAAUAAGAUAGCAAUACCAAAUGGUGUGAAAAAAGUAUUGAAGUUGGAGACUGUUGGCGGCUACAAAAUCGAAGGAGGAAACGUUUUCAAUUUCAAGAAAACUCGCUCUGACGGAACUAUUGUGUACUUCAAUGACAAAAAUGUGGAAGACAUUAAACUCCAGCUUGGACCAAAAGGCAGAAAAUGGGCACUGAAGGACAAAAACGGCUGGGCUGUCGGUCGAUCGGGAGAUAACUGCCCAACUCUAAAGCGAAGAGGCAGAGCAGUUGCAAAAGUAAUCUGCAGAAAAGUUGCCGAAAAAAUUCUCGCGCCUGCCAAUGGAUUGGAAAUCAAAGGAGGCAAUACGUUCAAAUAUGUGACGACAUGGAGCACUGGUGUUAAUGAUCCAAAAUACGGAUGGGCUCAUGGACAGAAGAACGAGAUAUUAUGCCCUGUAUUCAAGAAGAACGGUAAAAUAAUCGCACGAUUCCAGGAUUGUACGCAAUCUUCGAAUGAGCCAGCGAAAAAAUCGAGAAGAAAAUCGCCAGGAAAAAUCACCAAAAGAAAGAAAACAAAGAAAAAGUCAGCGAGAACUAUGAAGAAAGCAUCGAAGAAAUCAGUCCAUAAGAAAAAACCUUCAAAGAGAAAGAAACCGAUCCAGAAAAAGUCAAAAGUCAAAUCUUCAAAGAAAUCAAGGCGAAAGAACCGACAAAAAGGAAAGAAAAUCAACUCAAGAAAGAGCCAAAAGAGAACCCGGGGAAAGCUUGACAAAGAACUCAAGGCGCGACUUGCCUAUCAUCGAUACGAGAAACUUCUUCAAGACUCGAUGAGCGGAAAACAAAUGAACUUCGACAAACUUGCUCAAGUUUACCAGUACGCGAAGAAGAACCAAGAUCGAAUCUUGAAAGAAAUGGUCGUCAACAUGGCUCGCGAGCAACUCAGAAAACGUUAG